AUGGCCAACAGACCAACCGCCGUCAGCGGCGCUGGUGGCGGCGUUGCAGUAGCCCCCGCCUCCGCCCAAAGCGCCGUCGACGUCACCAAAUCUUCUGGCGUUGGGGCUGCUUCAACUUCCGCUUCCUCCAUGACUUCGCUGCCACCACCAGGACAGACUCUGACGGGAAAGCAGGAACACUACUUGAAACGAGAGCUCCUGGGCGAACAGGCAAAAUGGGAAAUCUUCGAACUCAACUCGCCGACUGCUCUCCGACGAUUCGGCGCCCCCUUCCGGUCCGACGUGGGCGAGGUCUCCCCGCUCGACUCUAGCCUCCCCAUCCUUCGCUACAUCUUCGUUCACCAUGUCCGCGAGUUCCCAUUCCUCGACAAGGCGAAGGAGAAGGAAUUCUGGCAGGACAAGCUGCAAGUGUUCCUCGAGUCUUUUGCUACGAAAAACAUCUCCUCGUCCGAAGACCGCCUCGAAGAAACCAAGCGCCGAAAGCUAGCUACGAAGGCACAGAAGCUUGUGGAGCUCAUGAUGGUCUCCGGCGUUCGCACCUCGUCUGGCUUUGAAGAGCGGAUUCGAUUCUCCGAACUCGAAAUUGUGGACCGUGAUGCGAUCGAUACUGGUGUCUUGGGAUCCAUUCCCCAGGGCAACUUUGUCAACGGCUGGGAUGUCAACGUGGCAGGUGUUCGCGUAAUAUCGGUCAAGCGCAACAUUCGCUAUCACAAGCAUGCCGAAUUCAUCCUUCGGGUCCAAAGAAAGGGCGAGCUUGAGCACUUUGUUGGCCGUCGCUAUGGCGAUUUUGGACGCCUUUACAAGGCUCUCCGUGCAGAACUGCCGGGGCGGGUCCUGCCGCCCCUUCCGCGGAAGAACAAGACAAGCUCAACAGCUUCUAACAUUAUUGGCGGUCUCAGAGGCUCCAAUGACUCGGAUGUUGACUCCAUCUCCUCGGCCUCGACAAUGACCAGCCCAACAGGGCUCGGCCCUGGCGGUGUUGGAGAGUCACUAAAAAAUCUCACAGUUCGAGUUGCUGCUGGCCAGGAAUCGAAGGCACCAGAGAUUGCCCGGACAAAGGCCAUUCAGGAUUUCCUGACCCGGGAUCCGAUCACCCCACGAGACGAAGACGUCGACGACAUUGUGCGCAGAGUCGAGGUCGACAAGAAGCGCGUGGAGGAGCAGAAAAAAUUCUACGAGAUUGCUCGCAAGCGAGCUGCUGAUCUCGACGUGUACAUGGAACAGUUCCGUCAAGACAUCGUUGAGCGCAAUGGCUUGACUAUGCUGUUCAAAGAGAUCAAGGAGAAGAAGACCAUCGGAGACCUGAGCAUCCAGUACCAAAAGUUUGCCGAGUGGCUCCGGAUCGAAGUUGCCGCUACGAUUUACCAUCUUUUUCUCGCCGAAGAUAACUCACCCGAGCUCUUUUCUCAAGCGAAACGCAUCCAUUCUCUGAUUCCGUACACAAUUAUCAAGAACGUCAUCCGGGUAGCGAAUCCUGCUGCUGUCAUGUCUGGUGUCCUCGACAUCUUUCUGGCACAGCCCUUCGGCACGCGGUCUCUUAUGCAACGCAUCUUCUCCCUGACAUUGAACGAUGGCAUCCGCAACUUCCAAAAAUCUAUCGACUCUUUGGCUGUCAAGAUCGAUGACCCGGUGUUUGUCAGCAAGCUUAAGGCCUACUCGGAUGCCGACCAGGCAAUCAAGGAUAUCAUCCGGGACGAAGCGACCAACGACGACGUCGAUAUUUUGGUCGGUAUUCUGCGCUCCGAGCUGAUCGAACCACCACUCAUGCCCGAGCAAAUUGGACGCCUCUACAACGCGUACGUGGCGUUCAAUUCGGCUGUCGAGAAUGUUGACGAGGAACUGAAGCAAGGUGCCGAGCUCUUCUCCUACCUCAAGCAGCUCAUGAAGCUCUACACGCGCCAGCGUGACAAGGCAAUGAUGUUGAAUCUCAUUGAAGAGCCCGUCACCCUCUCGCUGUUCCGCGACCUGUUCACCAUCUUUUACGAACCCCUUGUUCGCGUCUACAAGUCGGCCAAUGUAUACAGCAGUGUCACCGAUUUUUCCGUCUUCAUGGACGAUAUGAUGCAGGUUGUUGAGAAGUGCAGGGAGCAGGAUGCCUCUGCCGAUCCUAACCAGACUGUGCAGGCGUUUAUCGACCUGUGCCAGCGGCACGAACACAACUUUUACAAGUUUGUUCACGAGGUGCACACACACGACAACGGCCUGUUUACGCAGCUGAUGGGCUGGAUCGAGGGCAUCCUGGAGUUCUUGCGCAAGGGCCCCAAGAACGGCACCCUGGACGUCAACGCGCUCUUUGAAGGCUCUGUCAGCAUGGGGCAAAUUGACAAAGACAAGGCCAUUGCGGAGGUAAACAGUCUCAUUGCGUGGCAGGAAGCGCGUAAGAAGUGGCAUCAGGACAAGACGCGGCAGAAAAUGGCCGCCGAGGGCGGCGGCAGCGACGGUCUGGGCGAGGAUGGCCUGUCUGGUCCCGUCAGUUUCAGCGCCGGCGACUUUGGUCUGAACGCGGCCGACCUCCAGGAGAUGUCCUACGACGAGUUUGAUGAUUCCGAGGACGAGGCGGCGCUAGAAGAUGAGGACGACCUCGAUCCGAUUGAGGCCGAACGGCGCCGCAGAACGAAACGGCAAGACCGCCUCCGGCGGAGCGCGGGCGAACCGACGAAGCCGGUCGUGAGUGAGAUCUACAAGCUCAACGAUAACUUUUUGGCCAUGCUUCGCAAUGUGUUGGCAGAGUAG